UGAGAGUUAAUGUUUGAACCUAGCUAUAAAAAGCUAGAGUCGUGACCUAUGGUUUGCAUUUGGAGAGUAAGAAGCCCAGUGGGCAGCCCGUCCUACUGAGCUGGGUUAGCUGUGGAGAGGGAGUCUCAUUGCCACCAUGAGCUUCACCGGCAAGUACCAACUGCAGAGCCAGGAAAACUUCGAGGCCUUCAUGAAGGCAGUGGGGAUGGCUGACGACCUCAUCCAGAAGGGGAAGGACCUCAAGGGGACAUCAGAAAUCGUGCAGAACGGGAAGCACUUCAAGCUCAAAAGCAGCAUGGGGACAAAUGUGAUCAUGAAUGAGUUCACCGUGGGGGAGGAGUGUGAGAUGGAGACCAUGACUGGGGAGAAGGUCAAGGCAGUGGUUACCAUGGAAGGAGCCAACAAGCUGGUGACAACUUUGAAAAACAUCAAGACCGUGAUUGAAAUCAAUGGGGACACCCUGACCAGCAUAAGUGACUCUGGGUGCUGAGGGAGGAGGAGGUGAAGGAUCAUGACACUGGGUGACAUUGUCUUCAAGAGAAUCAGUAAGAGAAUUUAGACAAGUCUGCAUCCCAUAUUCUUUUACUGUGCAAAAUUAAUAUAAUAAAGUGAAUUUGAUGAAAAAAGGUC